UGAUAAGCGAUGUUAAGUAAACUGUUUAUACUAAUUGGGUGCGCGGUGAGUGCCUCAGCCGCAGCGGAUGUUGGUUUAGACCUAUUCUUUAACGAGGUUCGAAGCCUGAGUCAGCUGCCGAUGGAUAAAUUGAUCCACAUGAAAUCAGUGUUCACCUUCGAUCAAGAUCAGUCGCAUGAGAACAACGAGACUCUCCAAACCGAUUUUGAACACCCCUCAUCGACUCUGCCAGUUGCCCUCCCUCUUGCGAGGCCGAAUUCAAAAAUUGUUCGACGUCACGACGACUACUGGCAAGAAGGAUGGUAUAAAAGCUCGAAAAUAUCAAAGUUCUUUCAGCUGGCUGUCACUGCCCUGUCCUUUUUCGCGUUCGGAGGAUACCUUUUGACUCUUAUCAUCACUGCACUAAGAAGAAAUGCCGCAGUCACGACGCCAGGAAAUGUUAUAUUUCUCCAGGGACUGCAAACUCCGGUGAAACGGCCCAAGAGAUCAGCUUUUCACGAUCCAAUGGAGAACGAUUUUAACACCGAAAGAUUGUACCAAGGGAUGAUCAUGCUGUCGGAAGGCUACGCGCUGUACAAUUGAACCAUGUAUUUCAGUUCUCGAGUGUAUGUUUAAUUAUAAAAUUUUUCAAUCGUUAAUUACUAUUGGAAAUCAGUAUUCGUGGUCAAAGUGACUCGAAAAAAAUUAAUUCCAGGUAGCCGUAU